UUGUCUAAUACAUCUAAAAAACAACCUUUUCGAUGUUUUUCCAAAAUAAAAUUAGUUUGUUGGAAGCCUGAAAGUCCUCGUUGACCGUUGUUCAAUGAUACGUGAUAAGUGUUGUUAAAACAAUGGCUAUAAGGAUGCAAGACUGUAGAUCAAUGAGUGAACCGUGCCAAUGUCCACGUUGCCGGUUUGAAAUGCGUAUGUCCAGUCACCUGAUGAAUUGCCAAGAAAAGUGCACCCCGUCCCUAAAAUUCUGUAACAUGGGUGGCUUGCCGCAGGAGAAUCAACCGUCAUUUGACAACUGUCAAAGACCUUGCUGGCCGAAAAGAUCAGUUCCUCAGGAAGUUUCUCAGAAUUUCCACCAGGGAAACUCUCAGAAACUUCCCCAGGAAUCUCCUCUAAAAUGGAAUUGCCAGCCCCUUAGAAAUAUUAUCUAUGGGCAGCAGUCUCCUGGGCAAGCUAACCAGGAAUAUCGGCAGCAAAAUCCACAACAAACUACACAGCAAUUUUCACAGCAAUCUCCUCGAAAGUGUUGUUACCAGGUGCCUCCUCAAAACUUCUGUCAGCAAUCUCCGCGAAACUAUUUCCAACCACCUCCUGGAAUCUUGUUCCAGAAACAUCCUGGAAAUGUAUGCCAAGAAGAUUUCGAAAACGAUCAUUACAAUGGACAACAUAGAAUGAGAAGAAGAUCCUGCUACUGUGUAACCCAUGAAAUGGGCGUUCAAACGGAUGAGACGGAGUGUAAGAUCACAAAAGAUCAGUCCCAGUCACCAACUCCCGAGGAGCCUAAGGAUCCAUCGGUUGAAUAUAUAGCGGUCACCGAAUUCACGACAAAAGAAGUGGAGGUCAAGCAUCACACCGGCGCAAAGGACAUUUACAUCGAACGAGUUCAGUCCGUCAGCCAUUUCCCAACAGGAGGCCAUGAACGCAUCAAAGAGACACCGACUAGAAAAGAGAUACAGGAGGAAAAACCAGAAAAUAAUACCAUUAAAGACGAGUCCAAAGAAGAUAACAUCAUACCCCUUCGAGCCCUGCGCCCAUCGGAGUUGGAGCCCAUAAUGGAGUCUGCAAAGGCGGAAGUUCCUAAAGUCGAUUCUAAAGCCGAAACGGGUGAACUGCUCUAUUACCAAUAUGAGACAUUUGAGCGUGAUUUUGGUGACUCCAAGGAGACUGUGAAGAAAUCCACUAAGAAGGGCAGAAGUGCGCUGGGAUCACCAGCAUCCCGCUUAUCAAAGACUCGUACACCCACUCCCCGAUCUCCUAUUUCCCGAUCACUUACUUCCCGAUCACCUGGAACCCGAUCACCCAUUUCCCUCACACCCUCCCGAGGAUCUCCGACUUCCCAUAAGUCCAUUUACCGCACACCCAGGGAAGACAUGAGCCGCUCUGAAUCCGGAAGGGAUAUCAGUCCACCAUUAUCGCCCCAAAGCAGUGCUACGAAGUCUGAACAAAAUACCUCUAUUGGCAACGAUGAUGAUGCAAGCAAACCCUUUGUCAUGUUAAGUAGUGACAAUUCGGACGAUAAAGAUGAGGAAAUUAAACCUAAGGUGCCAGAAGAAGAGGAGAGAUUACCCUCUGACUACGACAAUUUGAGCACCGUGCACGUGAGGGUUACCAAUAGAAAGGAGGCUUCUGUAAAAAGGCCCAAUGGCGAGAAAUCGAAUGACAAAAUUACUGCGGUCUUCGAGAGCCGAGUUUCCGAGGUGCUUUUAAAGGAACAGGGUGAGAAGAAACCAGGUGAGAAGAAACCAAGUGAGAAGAACGAGGGUGAAAGGCAACCUGGCGAAAAAAAACCAGAAGAAAAGAAACCCGGUGCCAGUAGGCCAGAAAAAAAGAAAUCGAAGGGCUUACCCCCGCCUAAAAUGGAGAUGAAGCGGGGCUAUCCAUCAAAUGAUUUGGUCUGCAGAUUUGCAAAUCCCCCAAAGUGCAAACCCACCUGCAGGAGCUUCAGGUUUCCCUGUCCGUCGUCCAAUCCUUUUAAAUCUUUCAACUCUUUUAACUCCUUCAACUCCUUUAAGCAAUGUCCUUCCCGUUCUCCCAGCACAAGACAAUAUGAUCCCAUCUAUGGCUUUGGCAGCAAGUGUAUCGCUUACUAUUGUCGAUAAUACCAAAAAAAAUGUAAAACUGUCUUAUCAACUAAUGCAAACUAAUAGCCAAUAAUAAAAUAAGU